UAUUCACCAAUAUGAUUGGGUUAUUAAAGAAAAACCAGAAAAAGACAAAAAUAAAGGGUUAUUCAAAACUAUUCAAGGAUGGAUUAAGGGCGAGGAUUUUAAAAAACAUCUAAAAAUGGAAGCAGCAUUUUCAUUUCAACAUUUCCUUCCUCGAGUACAGUUAUCAACAGGAGAUACAGCUGGCAUUGCUGGUGAAGAAAUAGUUCUGCAUGUGGAAAAUAUUUAUGAAGGCUUAAAAACAACAUAUCAUGUAUCAGCUGGACUAUGGAAUUAUGGAACUGAUUUUCAAGCAUACUUGCACAAGGAGGUUCAUGAAUAUAUAUCAGCUGUUGUGACAAAGAUACAUGAGAAGAGAAAAGGAAAAGUUGAAAUGGAAGAUCAAGUUCUUCUUCUUGCUGGUGCCAUGACGAUGGUAUAUUUGAAGGAAACAUAUAGCAUUGAGUUAAGGGAAGUUGACCAAGAAAGAUUAUGUAAAGCUUUGUUGCCAUUUGUGGACAAAGAGGGAAAACAGUGUCCUGAAUAUGAAGGUCUGGUAUUGUUCUUUCCAAGGAUAAAGAAAAGAAUGUCAGAUGCUUUACUGAAAAUGAUAAAAACUAUGGCAAAGGAUAGUACAAAGAGCUGUUUGUUUUAUUGUGUUCCACUUCAUCACUUUUUGCUAGGAAAAUAUGUACCAUACCAGCCUGCAACAGCAAAAGUGAAUCAUGAUGAUACAAUUCCAGAAUGGUGGGGCAUUGCUGAUUUUUCAAAUGAAUUGUCAUACUUUCAGGGAAAAAGUAAAUGGGACAGAAACAAAACUGAAAUAUUAGAAGCCUUAGUACCAUACUUUGCUGUUGACUUUUUACUUCCAAGGACAUUCAUAGCAUCACUGAGACUUCAACGCUUUGAUGAGAUUGACUUGGAACUUAUUCCUACAGAUGCUAUUUUAGCUGGAGCUUGUUAUUUCAUUAAGACCAUAACUGCAACAUUUGUGACCGAAAAUGCUAAGAGUUUAAAGAGGAUAUUUAGUAAUGUAUCAUCCAUCACACUUGGUGAAGAUAGCUGA